AUGGGCGCCAGGGAGACGAAUUACUGGGAUCCGAGAGCCAUGAGUGUUGACGAGAUCCAGGAGCUUGCUGUGCCGUUUGCCAGGAGUGCCCAAAGAGCCGGGGUGGCCGGUGUGGAUAUUGUGGAGUUCCAUGAUCAGUAUGGCGAAAGCUUUGAGAAUGUGCGUGAUGUGACAACCGCCAUCCGUGCGGCAAUUGUGGUGUUCCACUGUUUCCCCACAUCAGUGGAACUGAACGGCUGGAGCACACUCCCAUCGCGGCAGACACUGGUAGCUGGGAUCUAUUGGCAUCCAUCCUGCUCGUUUCGCGACUUCCAGAGAUGGGUCUCAAGGCGCGGAUCAGACACCUUCCAGGAAGGAGGGCCAAAAGGAGAUGUCGUUUUAAUAGCCCUUCAGUUCUUACGAGAUCCAAACUGGGUCUUUACCACAGCAGAGAAGUUGAACGUCCGGUUGUCGGUCCCAUCCCAAUUUGGCCGAGCACUACUAUAUAUAAUGUGA